CGAGGGGCGGUACUUUCAGGCGCAGCAGAGUCAAACAAGCAGCAGCGAGAGCUGGUGCAGUGAUGGAGGAGGAGAUUAGCGUGGAUGCUGCUGAAGCGCCAGUUUAUCAGAACUUCACCACAACAUCUCCUUUUCCUCCUUUCUGAAUUUAAUGGGCCGGACAGGACGCUUUGGGGGGCCUGAUAUGGCCCCCGGGCCGCCUGUUGAUGAUCAGUGCUCCACUCUCCUCAGGGCCACCGUGAACGUAAACGGUUAACCAGACGGUGCAGCGGUCCGUGGUGACGUCACACGCUGCUUUCUGCUGCUGUGGGCCGCAGCCAGUGUGAUCCGGAGGACCAAAGACCUCAAACUGCUGUACUUCCUCUAGCAGACCACCGACCACAGCCGGAUAGAUCCAGAAUGGGGAACUGCCAGCCCACCGUUGUGCCCUAUGAAGAUUUCAAUGUCGUCGCUGACAUUAAGGCCAUCCGUAAAGCCUGUAAAGGGUUUGGAACUGACGAGCAGGCUAUCAUCGACAUCCUCGCCAACCGCUGUUCAUUUCAGCGACAGGAAAUCAAACAGGCCUACUUCGACAAAUACGACGAUGAGUUGGUGGAUGUGUUGAAGAGCGAGUUGUCAGGGAACUUUGAGAAAGCCAUCCUCGCCAUGCUGGACCCGCCCAUCAUCUACGCCGUGAAGGAGCUGAGGAAGGCGAUGAAGGGAGCGGGCACCGAUGAAGACGUCCUGGUGGAGAUUCUCUGCACCGCCACCAACGCUGAUAUUCACAUGUUCAAGGAAUGCUACUUUCAAGUGCAUGAACGUGAUCUUGAGGCGGAUAUCGAAGGAGAUACAAGCGGGGACGUCAGAAAUCUGCUCAUGGCUCUGUUAGAGGGCAACAGGGACGAAAGCUACGACGUGGAUGAAGAGCUAGCAGAAGCAGAUGCUACCGCCCUGUUUGAGGCUGGUGAGGGUUGUUUUGGGACAGAUGAGUCCACAUUCAGCUACAUUCUGGCCACCAGAAAUUACCUGCAGCUCCAGGCCACAUUCAAGAUAUAUGAGCAGCUCUCUGGAACUGAAAUCCUUGAUGCAAUCGAGAACGAGACAUCUGGGACACUGAAAAAAUGCUACAAAGCUCUUGUGAGGGUCGCAAAGAACCCACAGCUCUACUUCGCCAGACGCCUGAACAAAGCGUUGCAAGGAGUGGGUACGGACGAGGACACCCUGAUCCGGAUCAUCGUGUGCCGCUCUGAGUAUGAUUUGGAGACCAUCAAAGACAUGUACCUGGAGAAAUACGACGUGUCCCUGAAGGACGCCCUGAGGGACGAGUGCAGCGGCGACUUUAAACGUCUCCUCCUCGCCAUCUGCCACUGAGAUUUAAUCCAAGUGAUAUGGGUGCAGAGACGGCAGAAUAUAUUUUACUGAGAGCGCAGCUGUUUUCUGUCUCACUAACCAAUACUACUCUGUCCCUCUGUGUGACAUUAUGCAGGGAGCAGGAGGGUGGAAGUGGCUCAUGUCUCGUCAGAACUAAGUUAAUGUAAAUGAAGGUGGCUCCAGUUUUUAACUUUUUAACAGGCAUUAAUUAUAAAGUCGGCAUUGAACUGGAUAUAUUAUUUAUCUUUAAAAGGUUGUUUAUAGCAUGCAUUACUGAUCUGUUUUGGGCAUUUAGAUUCAGUAUCUGCAUCCACUCUAUGCAUUAACAGCUCCGGUAUUACUACCAAGUGUUUGGUACCCAAAGGAUCAGCUCCCGAGCUGAGACAAAUAAUCCAGAUCUCUAAAAAGAGCUGAAAAUCCCAUCACAACACAAGACUAGGCAGAUAUCGAUAAAGCCCCUCUUUUAGUGGGAAACUGCAGAUUACAUCAGCUGAUGUCUUUAAUGCCUGCUGCUACGUGUUGUGUGUAAUCAGCCAGUCCAGUCCAAAUGCAGGCAUCCAAAAACACCUCCAUAUUCAGACUAAGUUAAUAGAUGUCACACUGUUGUCUGAAUGCAUUGAGGUACGUUCACACAAAGCAUUAACUUGGUAUCCAAAUGCCCAAAAUGGACACUAAUCCCUGUUAAUGCAUCAUUUAAAUGGGGUUAAAAAGUACAGUCUUUGUCAAACCUUGCCCAUUUCUUAGUCAGUUUUUAACAGGUUAACCAGUGUUUAAACUGUCACAAAUCCAUUUUUAGGCACGACAAACAAGCAACAAGGAAAAACACUGACUCAGAUUUGAUACUAAAGCUAAAACCUGCUGCUGCAUUUAAUAAGUACUUUAAAGUGUUACAUGAUAAUCAGUUAGAAGUAUUACGCUGUAUUCAAUCCACUUAUGUCGUAUUUGUGUUUAAUUUUUAGUCCUGAGCUGCUGUCCUUCCCCCUCCAUGCUUUAAACUUAGCGACUGUUGCCUUUAACUGCUGUUGAAACGAAUGCAAUCCCACCAUAUGAAGCUUGAAGAUGCAAAAAAUGAAAGUUUGAACUGAAGGAAUAAACGUUUGAUUAUGAAGGAUAUGAAAUGUUAUUUUAAAGGAUCGGAUGAACAUCCCUCCCAGGUUUUCUUUGAAAACUAAGAAUAUAUAUUUUAUCUUUAACUUAGGUUGUAUUUUUAUCCUCGACAAAAACUUGACAAAUCCAAACACACCUCACCUUGUUCUACUUUUUUUUACUACUAAUACAGUAGAGAGUUUAAUAUAUAAUGUUAUUUAGUUUACUGUUGUAGGUUGGCCAGAGAGUACAAAUGUGAAGAAGUCUGUAGGAAUCUAAAAUCCUGACAGUCUGAAGUCAUUUUGUUUCUCUAUGAGGCAGCUGAGACUCGUUCAGAUGACCACUAAUUAAACAAAAACUCAAAGUGAACUGAACCACAUGUGAAAGGUCAAAUGUGAAUGAUGGCUUGUGGGUUAGUGUUUGUCCCUCUAUAGCCAAAGAAUUGUAGCCUAACUGCAAAUAAACGACCCUAUAACAUCA